AUGAUGAACAACAAUCAGUUCCACGAGCUGUUUGGGUCUCAGUGGCCUCCCGACCAGCACGGGGGACACUCGUCGGCGACCACCAUGCUGCACCAGGGGCAGCAGCCGAUGACGCUCAAGAGGGAGCCGCACGACGUGCCCGGGAUGCACUCCAUGGGGAUGGACAUCACCAACAGCUCCGUGGCCGACAGCACCUCCCCGCCUCCCGGGAACAGCGACUCUAUGUUCGGAACAUCCAUUUCAGGAAUGUUUAUGGAUAAAAAAGCCGCUAACUCCAUCAGAGCCCAAAUCGAGAUCAUACCUUGCAAGGUGUGCGGAGACAAGUCAUCUGGAGUACAUUAUGGUGUCAUCACUUGUGAGGGAUGCAAGGGCUUCUUUAGGAGGUCACAGAGCACAGUGGUCAACUACCAGUGCCCGAGGAACAAGGCUUGUGUUGUGGACCGAGUUAACAGGAACAGAUGCCAGUACUGCAGGCUACAGAAGUGUCUUAAGCUGGGGAUGAGCCGCGAUGCGGUGAAAUUCGGUCGUAUGUCCAAGAAACAGCGUGAAAAAGUCGAAGAUGAGGUGAGAUUCCAUCAAGCACAGAUGAGAGCACAGACGGAUGCUGCGCCCGACUCUGUGUAUGACGCGCAGCAACAGACGCCGAGCUCCAGCGACCAGUUCCACGGACACUAUAACAGCUACCAGAACUACGGCUCCCCGCUGUCCUCAUACGGGUACAACGCGCCUCUAAACUCCAACCUGAACAUUCAAGCCCAACCUCCCCAAUACGACGUGUCAGCCAACUACGUGGACUCCACCACGUACGAACCCAAGCAGCCCGGCUUCCUCGACACUGACUUCAUAGAUCAUGACGAACAACAAAAAACCAUACGAGCGUCGACAUCAACAACAACAGCGACGACAUCAACAACAACAAUGAGACAACAGAGCGAUGUGAGCCGACCGAGGAUACAGGAGUUCGACAGAUACGAUGAGAGGAUUCAGACGCCGCCUAGCGUUAUAGCUAUCAAACAGGAAAUCAAACCUGAGACUUCCAUGGGUGUUGACAAUCUAGUGGCGAGCUAUGUCGACUCAACGACAUUCCUACAUAGUCCAUCGAACAUAAAUAGUCCAAUGGACAUACAGAAUUCUGUGCUAGUGAGCGGACAGAGUUCAGUCUCGUUGACAAGUGAAGAACUCAGUCCGGAUGACCUAACGAACAGUAACGCGCGACUAAUGGAUCCUCUCAACAUGAACAUGUCAGGAAUGGGUAUGGUGAAUCCAAACGCUGUCUCCACACGCAGACAACAAGGAAACACGGAUGAUCUGCCGUCGGAAGGUGAAAUAAGUAAGGUACUGGUUAAAAGUCUUGCUGAGGCUCACGCUAACACGAACCCCAAGUUGGAGUACAUACACGAGAUGUUCAGGAAGCCGCCCGAUGUAUCUAAGUUACUAUUCUAUAACUCGAUGACGUACGAGGAGAUGUGGCUCGACUGUGCCAACAAGCUCACAUCAAUGAUUCAGAACAUCAUAGAGUUCGCUAAACUCAUACCGGGCUUCAUGAAGCUGAGCCAGGACGACCAGAUACUGCUGCUGAAGUCAGGUUCGUUCGAGCUGGCCAUCGUCCGUCUGUCUCGUCUGAUAGACAUCAACAGAGACCACGUGUUGUACGGCGACGUGGUGCUACCUAUAAGGGAGUGUGUACACGCACGUGAUCCCCGCGACAUGUCACUAGUGGCGGGUAUAUUCGACGCCGCUAAGACCAUCGCCAGACUGAAGCUGACGGAGACUGAACUGGCGCUGUACCAGAGCCUGGUGCUGCUGUGGCCUGAGCGUCACGGUGUCCGCGGCAACCCUGAGAUCCAGAUGUUGUUUAACAUGUCCAUGGCCACCAUGAGACACGAGAUAGAGACCAACCACGCGCCGCUCAAGGGGGACGUCACUGUACUGGACACGCUGCUGGCUAAGAUACCCACCUUCAGAGAGCUGUCACUAAUGCACCUCGAGGCUCUCUGUCGCUUCAAGGCCGCUCAUCCACACCACGUUUUCCCAGCGCUCUAUAAGGAGCUGUUCUCACUGGACAGCGUGCUGGACUACACUCAGUAA